AUGCCAUCGCGUCUUUGGCGUAUUAGUGCACAUGUCGUGGACUCCCUCCACAACGGUUUACCGCCUCGAGACGGCGUGGAGGUGACUCUGGGCGUCGAACUGCGAUGCACAGUCGAGGUUCGUCUUUCGGCAGGGUCUCCCAAGCUGAGAAGGAGUUCGACAAAUCCGAUUCUUGGAAUCGGACGCCUAACUAAGAUUAAACCACUGCUAAGAUUCGCCACCGUCUUGGCAAAAUGUCGCAAGUACCCUGCACAUUGGGCCCUGGAGUCUCAGACGUCGGACGGUAUGGCGACCGUUGAGAGGCGAUCAAAUCUCAGCUUGCUCAGGACGCCAUUGAUUCUGGACCAAGGCGGCACACGCAGGACUCGCCAUGGAGACUGUCUCAGACUGUGUACUUCGAGAACGCGAGAACAGUGUCCACAGACGCUGACCUGCGGCGUUGGUUUUGUUAUGCACCCAUCUGUCGUCCAUGUUAUCGAUUCUCACGAGAUCCUGUCUCCUCGUCUGGCCAUUCUUCGUCUCCGCCCUCUGCGCCAAAAACCCGUCAGUAUCAUCAACUGCUACUCACCAACAUCAGCAGCUGAUGAAUGCGAAUUGGAUGCGUUUUACGAAAAGUAUGGAGGAAGUGGUUCGCAACGAGAAGUCCUUCUACAAAAAGAUCAUCGUUGGUGGACAUGGGAAUCGUCCAAUGGCGCGACUCGUGCGGAGAUCGACCGAGAAAACCUUCGGAACUACCGUCUGACAUGCUUGUUGAGCGUGUUAUACAAAGUAUUCACCAAGAUCACCCUCACGCGUAUGUCUAGGACGCUGGAUGAAGCCCAGCCUCAAGAACAAGCUGGAUUCCGCCAGAGGUUCAGCUGCUUGGACCACAUCCAGACCGUGUCGAGGGUCAUAGAGGUUUGCCAGGAAUACCGCCUGCCCCUUGUUCUAACCUUCGUCGACUAUGAGAAAGCCUUCGACAGCGUAGAAACGAAUGCAAUACUGUCAGCGCUGGUCGAUCAAGGUGUGUACACUUCGUAUGCGAGGACAUUAGCCAAUUACUACGAUCGAUGCACCACUAGGAUACAGCGCAUCCACCGCCCUUUCACCAUACCCAUGGGAAAGGAGGUACGACAAGGCGAUACUAUAUCGCCGAAGCUAUUCACGACUGCAUUGCAAUGGAUAAUGGAAUCACUUUCCUGGGAGGAAAGGGACAUACGUGUUGAUAGAAGAUUUCUCUCGAACCUUCGUUUCGCGGACGACAUCGUUCUCUUUUCGAGCAGUACCAAUGAAGCAGAAACGGUGCUUCACGAAUUGGACGAAGCAGAGAAGAGAAUAGGACUGCGAAUAAAGAAAAAGAAGACACAGUUCAUGAAGAACGCCUACUGCGAGGAUGGAGGAGUACAACUUGAAGGCUCCCAAAUCGUGGAAACUUCGUCAUACGUAUACCUCGGACGUUCUAUGAACAUGGAAAACGACUUGAAGGAAGAACUGAAUAGAAGAAUGAGAGCAGCAUGGGCAGCAUUCGCAGCCAGGGAUGCUACGGACCAACUGACGGACCAAGACCUUCGUGCCCAUCUGUUCGACUCGACAGAAGCUACUUACUACUACUAUGGAAUGUGUAUCGAAAGCAAAACAGAGAUGGGCCGGUCACAUCAUGAGAAUAAUCGACGAUCACCUUGA